AUGGCGAUGGAUGUGAAAGAUAUUUUUCUGCAAGAGCUACAAGUGGAUAGCAUUCAUCCAUCCGUUGACAAAGCAAAACAUAAGCUAUUCAGCGCGAUAAAGAAGGGAGAUUUAGAUAAAGUAAGGGGCAUUUUAUGCUCCUUUCAGGAAAAAUACGACCUUGAUCGUCUAUACGAUUCGGGUAAAACCGCUUUACAAGUGGCAGCAGACAUAAAGGAUGUUUCCGUUCGAACCCACAUGGCUAGAGUCUUAUUGAAUGGCGGGGCUAGCUUAGAGGUUGGUUUGCUACAAGCGGUGCAUGAUGGCGACACAAAAACCGUGCGGAUUCUGCUUCAGUUCAAUGCUAGCCACUCGAAGCCCUCAUCGCGUGCCUUUUCCUUUCAAGGUGAAACCGCUUACGUAACCCCUCUGAUCCUUGCGGCCUGUUUGCAGGAUUUUCAUCUUAUCAAGCUGCUGUUGGAUCAUGGAUUCACCAUAAGCGACCCAAAUAAUAUCUGGUGUUCAAAACGUUCUAACGAAACAGCUGGCGAGAAGUUUGGCCCAUCUGUGUAUCGUUUAAACAGAUACCGCGCUCUUGCUAGCCCCAUGUUUAUAGGCGCGUCAUUUCUUCAGAACGUACAGAGUGGUCCGGACCCCAUUCACCGCGCGUGCGCAAUGAGCAAAGAGCUUCGGGACACAGCUGAGCAAGAAUACGAGUUCAGUAGUGAGUAUAUUGAGCUUAGUGAUGGCUGUGAAGGAUUCGCUGUCGGACUCUUGAAUGAAUGUCGCACAAUGGAAGAAAUAAGAUGCGUGAUGCAGACAAAAAACAAAGGAGAAUUGCCCCCAAAUUCCGAGGAAAAUGCCUUAAAUAUGCUAGAAUUUGCUAUUUCUACAACAAAUAGAAAGGUAUGAGAGACAUUCCUUUUUUUACCGUAAUACGUUCGUCACUUCAUUAUCCGGUUAGAUGAGUUUUACUCUCGUGAUUGGCUCAUCCAGUAGGAAAAGUCUUGUAGUGAGUCUGUACACACAGGUUUCAAUAUGCCUCUCUUUGAUUUACUUUUGAUACUCGAGGCAGCACAUUGUGUAUCCUGCCGACUACAUCAAUGUCAUCAUCAUUACGGCCUGUUACAAAUGUUAGUUAUGAUGAAUAGCCUACGAAGAUUUAAAAGUUUAACGGCCAACGCAACCCAUAUAUCGCGGCAAUUAGAGCUACUGUCGGCAGUUUUACGACAAUUUUUUUUUCAUAUUGCAGUUUGUCAGUCAUCCUUUCAGCCAGCUGAUUUUAAACACGGAAGUCUACAGAAAUGUUCCGUUCCUGGAGAAAAGUGCCUUGAAACAAGCUGUGCUAAUACUUCUUACAACCGUGCUGUAUCCGUUGGUGUUUAUAGUUUGGCUUGCUUUUGAAAGCUGCUUUCCAAGACAUGAAGUGUCCAGAAUGUUCCAUUCCCCCUGUGCAAAGUUCCUCAUCUUCUGUGGUUCUCACCAAACGUUUCUUGUCCUACUGGCUGUCACAUCAUUCCACUCUGCCUUUCUUGGGUACACCAUUGUUGGUAAGAGAAAAAGAGGAGAAUAACUGUAGUAUGGUUUGAAUGCAAUAAUCGAAAUCUAACAUUUUUAGACAAAAUUUGGUAAUAAGCUUGUACCAAGGCUUCUUUGCAACAACUAGUUGUUCAAAUUGAAAUUAACAAUUUAUUGUAACCGCAAAAUAAACAGUUUGUACAGUUAAGCAGAACUGAAGAAACCUGUAGGCCCUCAUCUAUUUUUCUUUUGAACUGUUUCUUGAGGGAGGAAUCUCGCCUUAAAUUGGCGAAUGACUAAAUCGUUCGUUCAAACACGGUAACAUUGUGUGAUUUGGCACCUUAGCCUCAGAGCUAAGAAGAACUCUUGAUAAGAUCGAAAUGUUGCUUACAACUUUGUUUGCGAAUCUAAAAAUGUCACAUUAGUAGAAAGUAAAAAGAUUGUUUGAUUAUAUUGUUCUUUUUUUUCUUUUGGUUUUCUAUAUUGUAUCCUUUAGAUUGGGCAGUUUUUGUAUUUGUCAUCGGUUACCUCGUAGACAUUGUUAAAGACAUUCUCCAACAAGGAAGAUCUCGCUUCUUUUCUUACUACUGGAACUUUCUGGCUGUGGUGUCAACUACGCUAUUUGUUAUUCACUACAUCAUUUGGUGGACGAGCCGAGUGGCCCUGGAUAACACACUACAUUCUGCUGAAUGGUCGAAACACGCCGAAAACCGGUCUUACUCUGUUCUGUUAACUUCCGAAAGCUUUAUGGCUCUUGGAAUCCUUAUAGCCUUUACCCGUAACUUCUCAUUCAUUCAAGCGAGCUCCAGCACCGGUCCCCUGCUACAUGCAUUCAUUCAAAUGCUAAUAGAUGUGGCCAAGUUUUUUUUAUAUUUCGUUUUUGUUUUUCUGGCAUUUGCUGUGAGCUUCACUAAAUUGUACUUGCAGUAUCAGAAAGCUAGAGAAUAUUUUCUUCAGAGCCAGGGUGGAGCAAAUCAAACAAUUCCUCUGAACCUAGAAAGGUAUGAUCGAUGUAUAACUCUCCGUCCCCUUGUCGUGACCAUUAAAUGUAUGUGCUUUGUCUAAAUCACACUUCACCAAAAAAAUGAUUUAAAAAUGAUCUGAUAGGAGUGUGUGAAUCUUGCAAAGGUAUGGAAAAAUGGAAUUUGUUUUUGGGUUACCUUUUAAAUUGUAACACUACAGACUAUGUAGUUGACUUGACACACACUACAUCACUACAAUGAUGGGCAAAAGUCUUGGGACACAUUAGCUUUUGUAGGGCUUUUUUCAACUCCACAUGCCCAACUCCUCCCUCAACCUCACAAAAAACGUUGGACGCGUAUACUGGCCAAGUUUCAAAACUGUAUAGGAUAGCGAGAGAGAACUGCUAGAAAACUUUGAAAAAGAUGCACCUAGAAAUAAAAGAAAAUUAUGAAGCCUGCAUCACUGUCCCAACGACUUUUGUCCAGGAUUGAAGACAUAAGUUUUGAAAUUUACCGUGGCCAUUUAAGAUUUUUUAUACUUCGCACUUUUUUCACCUGUAGAUUUGGAAGCAGUAUGAACACGAUCUUUUGGACGCUGUUUGGUCAAAUAGACGAGAGUAGUUUUAAAAUCAACGAGUCAGGUUACGGUGCUAUAUGGAAAACAGGGAUGACCUUGUUUGGUGCGUUCAACAUUGUGGCUGUCCUUGUGGCUCUUAAUAUGCUGAUUGCAAUACUCAACCAGCGCUAUACGAGUGUAACGGUUAGUAUCCAAAUCAGUUCCCUUUUGAAAGUAGCUCAGGUUCAAAUGGCCUGAGAAAACAGCCGAUAUUUCGCGAAGCCAGAACUGGUUUCCCUGCGCAUGCGUGGAGGAGCAAGGGUGGUGUAGUGGUGAGAACACUCCCCUCCCACCAAUGUGGCCCGGGUUCAAAUCCCGGCGUAGAAGCCAUACGUGGGUUGAGUUUGUUGUUGGUUCUCUCCAUUGCUUCGAGAGGUUUUUCUCCGGUUACUCCGGUUUUCCCCUCUCCUCAAAACCAACACUUCCAAAUUCCUAUUCGAUCUGGAACGCACGGACACGUUUAAACGAGUUCAUAUGAACUCGUAAGUGCUCCCUUGGUAAACAAAUUACAAUUUUCAAUUUUACAAAUGACGUCUGAGAAAAAGAAAAUGCACUUUACUUGAGUGUCAAUAUAUUAAGCUCGAAAGUACUAAUUGGGUGCAUUAUUUUUACGUCUGCUACUAGAGAACUGGGACUGCCAUUUUAUGUGGUAAUGAUCAUUCGAGGCAUGCGAGGGUGUAACUGUUUGCAGGGCAAAGGCACUAACUUCAUUUCUCAGUUAUUUUAAGAUCCUGAUUAUUGGUCGGGUUCUAGGAAUCGAACCGACGACCUUCCGCUCUGUAGUUAAACGAGCGGAGAAAUUCCAUACUGAUGACACGUCUCUACCCACAUCGGGGUAGUACUUCUGAUUGAUCAUGCCGCCUGGUAAAUUUGCUUCAACCAAUCAGAAGCACUACCCAGAUCUGGGUAGUGACACGUCAUCAAUAUGGAAUUUCUGCACUCGUUUCUCAGACGUCAUUUAGCGGGGAAAGCAGGGGUGGCGUUCCGAAAUGUCGGUUGAUUUCUCAGGCUAAAGGUCGAACUGAUACCCAGUACUAGCAGAUUAGUGCACCACUUUACCGGUAAGUGGCAAAUUCCGAUAAAUGGCAAACCUUUCCGGAUAGAGAUUCAUCAUACAUUCGAGCAACUCCAAAUGGACAUUUUGCAUAAUACAGUCACUUCUCUUAGUCCCAAACAUCCAAAACUUCAGACCAGACAAUUAACCCUAGCCUCUACACCACAGACAUCUUUGUAAUGUGGACAAAUACUAUAUCACCCCAAAAAAGAAAACAAAAUAAAAUGAAUCAAAUCGCUCAGUAACUUGUAGAACUGGUAAACCAGACCAGUGAUUUUUUACUUAAAGAAAACACGCCUUCGUAUCCCGAUGUGCGCAUGCUCAAUGACCUUUUGAUUUCUUCACUCAGCCACACUUUAUUUUAGGUUUAACUGAAUUGCAUAUAACCUCAGAAAAGAUGCUUUGUGAUAUUUAAAUUAUGCAGAAAUUGUAGGGUACUUAAUGAACAAACUCUUCAGCAUAUCCUUACAAGCGAUCUCAAUAGCCCACUUUCGAUACAUGUAUGUCAAAAUGCUAACUUGACUCCGAGGCCUAACGACAAAAUUGCACUGAGUCCAUUGUCUCGUAUUCCCAUAGGAGACUUAAGCACCUGAAACCAAUACCAAAUAUAGAAAUAUGACCAGAAAGCCUCGAAGUCAUGUUAGAAUUUUGAUAUAUCGAACAUGGGCUAUCGCUUGGUUACAGCGGUUACCACUAACACGCGCCCUCCAAGGGUUUUUUUCUGUCUGUUGAAACCUGAGUUUUCUUGGACGUCAAUCAACUGUUUCCAUGGUUUUCUUACGCGCCCUGACAGAGAGGGUUCCCUUGUCGCUGAAUGAAGGGCGAAGACUUACAAGAAUAAUUUCGAAUGAUGAUUUCGAGUUGCGAGCGUGUAUUGAGAAAGCUUAUGUGGUUGUAACUUAUAGUGUGUAAAUAAGUCGAUAAUUUGACUUUUCUCCGACAAACACUCGACAAAUUCGUACUCCUCGUAAUCUUGACAUGAAUCGCUGUCAGGUCCUGUGGCAAAAUAUUGCAAAAACGGUUUAAAAGGCCGACAUGUUCCUCCGAGUGCUCGAGAAACGGGGAAAGAAUGUUCUAUUGGCCAACACGUGAAAACCAUGGUAACGGUUGAUUGACGUCCACCAAACCGCAGGUUUGCACCGAAGAAAAAAACCUUUGAGGACGUGUGUUACUGGUAACCGCUGUAAAUAAAUAAGUCGAGGCUUGGCAGGAAUGCGACUCCGUUCCGAUUCGAAAUAUAAAUUUAACACUUUGUUCUAAAUGACUCCGUGGUAUGCAUGGUUCUGGACAUCGAGGAAUAAUUGAUAAGGUGAUCUUACUGAUAUGAUUUUUAAAUGGUUUACAGCAAAACUUGGACACCGAGUGGAAGUUUACAAGAACAAAGCUGUGGCUAAAUUGGAUUUACAAGAAAGGUGUUCUUCCACCGCCAUUUAACAUCCUGUACGUGCUUCUUCCCGUACGGUGGAUCAUUAAACGUUUACUCACAAUGUGCAUUCCUGCUGCUAUUUUGGUUAGUAAGGCUUUUCUAACGACAGGACUGGAUAAAAACAUUUUUACCACAACUGGAACUAUGUUUAUAGAUUUAUUUAAUUAACUCAUUGCUUACACUGUGUCAUCUAUUUAACUCUGGUCUACGACUCAAACAACUUUCUUUAACGAUUUAGCUAUUUUUCAAGAAGAUGAUAAAAAAGAAGCCUGGGACGACAUUGAAAAUUAAAAGGAUGGACGAGCAGGAGGUAUCAAAACUGUUAUUUUUACCAAGAUAGUCACGUAACUUUGAAGCAAAAAAAGUGUGCAAAUUUUCUCUAACAAAGCACCGAUUUAGCAGAGACACAACGACUUAAAAUGAAAUAAAUACGGCGGGGAUUGGUAUCAUUCUUGAACCGGCAAAACACGAUCUUUUCUUGGAAUGAAGAUUGAUGUGAACUUCGGAAAUACAAAUUUAAACGUAGAUAUGAUCGUCGCAGUUGUGAUAGCAAUUUAAGAGAUUGCAAAUAAUUGGAAAAAGGAAAAAAAUCACAGGUAGUUUAUGUUCAAGAAAAAAGCUGAAAAGUAGUAAUUCAAACAAGCAUUAAAAUGUUAAAGGUUUCUUUUUUUCUUUUUUGUUAGAGGAGAGAAGUGUUAAGACAUCUUUGCUUGAGAUACUUGGCCAAGAAAUCCCGUUAUUCUGAGACCGAAAACAAGAGAAGGGACUUGGAGGAUGAGAACGACAACAAAGCUCCCUUGAGACACAAUAUGAACACAGACCAAAUGCCAAAGGAGAUUGAAACUAUGGAUACAUCUAAGCUAGUGAUAAAGAGAAAAGGAGGAACCAAACUGUAG